AUGAAUAUUUUCAAUCGAGUAUCUGCUAGAUUCUCUGUUUCAAAGGCUAAAAAUAUUGAAAGACCACGGCUUGUUAUCAUCAACAAUAGACAAGUACAUAGCUUUUCAGGGAAUUUCAUUAAAACAUCAAGAUAUACUAUCGUCAAUUUCGUACCAAAGUACCUAUUUGAACAAUUCUGUCGACCUGUAAAUUUCUAUUUUCUAAUUAUUGCUAUAUUGCAAAUAUUUCCAUCAAUUACUACUACUAAUAGUGUUCCUACUCUAGCAUUUCCCCUAGCAUUUGUAUUAAUUAUUGGGGCAAUUAAAGAUGGUUGGGAGGACGUAAACAGACAUAAUAGUGAUCUUCUUGAGAACGAAAGAGAUGUCAUUCGUAUACGACGAUUAGGAUCACCAAAUUUUUUCCAGCAUAGAGUGAUUGUCCAUACUGGCUUAACUGGUAAUUCUAUAGGAACUCCAGACUACUCUCCACCUAUUUACCAACCGGAUAUAAGUGUGCACCAAAAGAUGGAAUCAAUUUUAGAUCAUCGUAUGUCUUGGAAGCUGGCUGAUUUUGGAUAUAUUGAGGGAAUAGAAGACUCUGUCUCUCGAGAUUUGAAGGUUGGUGAUAUUGUCCUUAUAAGAAAUCAUGAAAUAGUUCCAGCGGAUGUUGUCUUGUUGACUAGUUCUUCUGAUUCAGGUGAAGUCUUUCUGGACACAUCAUCUUUAGAUGGAGAGUCUAACCUGAAAAGACGCUUUUCACACAAGAGUUCAUCAACAAUUUUAGGAUUUAAUAUUGAGACUGCAGUUAAACGUGCAUGCAUGCUUGAAGGUUUGAUUGAGUGUUCACAACCUGGUAAGGAUUUGCAUAUUUUUGAUGGCACUGCUAUAAUCCGUUUACCUCCAUCUGCUAUUGAAUCUAUCAACUAUAGUCAUAAAACUGUCCAGUUUCCAAUAAACUUGGAUAAUUUAAUUUUACGUGGCUGUAUUUUACGUUCAACAGAAUGGGCAUUAGGAUGUAUAGUAUAUGCUGGGCAUGAAUCAAAAAUUCAGAUGAAUUCUUUAAAACCUCGAAAAAAGAUGAGCAAUGUUGAUAAGCUAACAAACAAGAUGGUUUUACUGGUUCUGGUAUUUCUAUUUACUCUUUGUUUAACUGGUGCUCUUUUAACUCAGCAUUAUAUGAGUAUUAAUUUCUUUGAUAGAUAUCCUUAUCUGGGGUAUUCACCUGAAAAUGAAAGUUCCUUCCGUGCAACUGGUCAAGCUGUAAAUCCCACUUUUGUGCCUCUGAUUAGGUUUUGUACAUGGCUCGUUCUACUAGCAAAUAUCAUUCCAAUUGCCCUUAUUGUAUCUAUGAAGAUUGUAAAGGCAAUUCAAGGUUAUUUUAUUUCAAAAGAUAGAGCAAUGUUCAAUGCAAUAAGAGGAACAUAUGCAGCCUCUAGAAAUUCAGAUUUAAAUGAGGAUCUGGGACAAGUUAAAUAUCUCUUUUCUGAUAAAACUGGUACAUUGACAAGGAAUAUCAUGGAGUUCAGAGCUAUAUCAGUCAAUGGAAUUAAGUAUGGAAUGGAACACUUUAAUGAAAAUGAAAUAUUUGAAAGUCCGAUUCCUCAAGUUAAUUUCUACGAUGACAAAAUUUUUGAGCAUAUAUCUAAGAAUAAACUUCAGAGAGACAAAAUCGGUCAAUUUUUGCUAAAUAUUGCUGUUAAUAACUCAAUAGUAAUAGAAAACCAAACUGAAAUAUAUAAGGAGCUACUUAAGCAUAAUCUUGUAUCCACAACUUUGGAUGAUAAUUUAAAUAUCCCUAUGAUUGAAGAUGAGGAAGUGCCAGAGAGCAAUAUAAAAGCAAGAACAAUAAAGUCAAUACCUUUUUUAUUUACAGAAGAUGUAGAAGACAUUUCCUCAGAGUUUAUAUCUGAAAAGAAUAUGCCAGUUAUUAAUUGUAAACCAUUUUACUCAGCUCAAUAUUCUGAUGAAGCAGCACUAUGCUACGGUGCUCAGUACUUGGGAGUUUCAUUACUGUGUAUUCAUCCAUUAACCAAAGAUCUUAUUGUAAAUAUAUUCGGACAUUUGGUAUAUGUUGAAAUUCUUGCAAUUAUACCCUUUACUAGUGAAAGAAGACGGAGCAGCGUUAUUGCUCGUAUAAAAAGUGAAUACCGAGAUCCUGAUUCUAUAGAGGAUACAGAUCAAGAAAGUUUCUCCUUGUUUCAAGAUAGAAUUGUAGUAUUUUGCAAAGGUGCAGAUUCGGCUAUUAAACCUUUAUUAAGCUGUCAUGAUUCUCUGAAUUGCAAACUGGACUUUAAAGCUGGUGAUGAAAUGGCUAGUGUUGCUCUCAGAGUUCUCUGUAUAGCUCAAAGAAUUAUAUCAGAAGAAGAAUUUGUUGCUUGGUAUGAGAAAUAUUCUGCUGCAUUAAACAGUGUAGAAUUUAGAGAUGAACAGUUGUAUAAAGUUACAGAGCUCAUUGAGCGAGAUCUUGAACUACAAGGUGUCACAGGAGUUGAAGACAGGCUUCAGGAUAAUGUUCCCGAAACUAUUAAUUGCUUAAGGGAAGCAAAUAUAAGUGUAUGGAUGCUUACUGGAGAUAGAGUUGAAACUGCAAAGGAAAUAGCGAAUUCUGCAGGUUUAAUAACCUCAAAUAAUAUGGUUUUUGAGUUAACACAGAAAACUUGUUAUGACACAAGACAAACAAAAAUACUUUUAUUUGAAAUAGGGAAAUCUCUUGGUAUUUUUUCAAAUCGAAAAGAUUUCUCUUGGAGAAAUAAUUUAUUAAAUUGGUUCACUAAGGAUCAAAAAAGUGAAAUAGAAAAAUCACAAACCUCAAUGGUAAUUGAAGGCACCGUUUUAAAUGAAGUUUUAUCUGGUUCUAUUACUAAUACAGAAGAAUUAGAACGAAAUGAAGGUAUAGAUGAGUAUGAGAAGGUUUGUUCAUCAUUAUCAUCAGUGGAACAAUACCUCAUUAAAUUAUGUUGCUUGUGUCAUACUGUAGUUUUCGCUCGUUGUACACCCUCACAAAAAGGUCAAAUCAUCCGAUUUGUCAGAAAAUAUAUGAAUGGUGUUACUCUUGCAAUUGGAGAUGGUGCUAAUGACUGCAAUAUGUUGCAAAUGGCAAAUGUUGGUGUUGGAAUUCGUGGUCUUGAGGGAAAUCAAGCCUUUUUAGCUUCAGAUUAUGGAGUUACUAUGUUUAAAGAUAUUCAAACACUUCUUUUUGUUCAUGGGAGGCUUGCAUACCGCAGAAUGUGCAAAUUAGCAUUAUAUAUGUUCUAUAAAAAUUUAACAGUUGGUAUACCUAUCUUUAUUUAUGGAUAUUUUAAUAUGUGGAGUGGAACUCGUUUAUAUUAUGAUUAUUGGUACCAAGUCUACAAUGUUUUGUUCUCUUCAGUACCUAUAAUCAUAAUUGCACUUUUUGAUUUCGAUGUCACAAAAGAGGAGUCUCUCAGUUCACCUAAAAUAUACUUAUGUGGACCAAUGAAUGAGCUUUUGAACUUGAGAGUUUGUCUCAUUUAUCUUCUUACAUCAAUUUGGCACUCAUUCGUAGUUUUCUUUACUCCAUAUAUACUCUUUAGUUUCAAUAGUACCAAUAUGUUUGGAUCAACUCAGUCAGUGGUAGGUGCAACUAUUUAUUGCCUUAUCAUCAUUACUGUUAAUAUUAAGGCACUAUUAAUGGCUGAUCAUAUGCACUAUUUCUUGGGUUUUGGCAUAUUUUUUUCAUUUCUUAGUUGGAUAUGUUGCUUAUUUGUAUGCAGUUCCUCUUCAACUAUUGGAAGUGAUGUACUUUCACUAUGGAUACCCCUUGGUUGUAAUGUAUUUUUGUGGAUUUCUCUUCUUUCUGGUUUAAGUUUUGCAUUGUGGCCUGACUACUUUGUUGGAAUUAUUUCUAGACGGAAUUAUUAA